AAAAUUUGGGACUGACCAGCCCAGACUAUUACUAUUACCUUAACCAGAGUGGCUCAUACGUCGUUGAUGGUGUCAAUGAUAAGGCAGAUUACCAGGAAACUUUGAAAGCGAUGGGGGUGAUGGAGAUCACUGAUGAGGGACAGAUGUCAGUGCUGCAGAUCGCUGCCGGAAUCCUGCAUCUCGGCAACAUCAGCUUUGUCGAGCACGGAAACUAUGCAUCUGUGGAGAACACAGACUAUCUCGACUUCCCGGCGUUCCUGCUGGGUGUUAGUCCGCAGGACGUUCAGACGAAGCUCACAAGCCGCAUCAUGGACAGCAAGUGGGGUGGGAAGACAGAGACAAUCAAUGUGACACUGAACGUGGAGCAGGCUGCCUACACGCGCGAUGCUCUCGCUAAGGCGCUCUACAGUCGCCUGUUCGACUACCUGGUUGGGACCGUCAACAAGGCACUGCAAGAGAAGGGCACAGAUCUAGCCAUCGGAAUUCUCGACAUCUACGGCUUCGAGAUCUUUCAAAAGAAUGGCUUCGAGCAGUUCUGCAUCAACUACGUUAACGAAAAGCUGCAGCAGAUCUUCAUAGAGCUAACGUUGAAGGCAGAACAGGAAGAGUACGUGCAGGAGGGUAUUAAAUGGACGGCUAUCGACUAUUUCAACAAUAAGAUUGUCUGUGAGCUCAUAGAGUCCAAGGUUCCACCUGGAAUCAUGUGCAUUCUAGAUGACGUCUGUGCCACCAUGCAUGCUGUCAGCGAAGGCGCUGAUGAGACCCUUAUGCAGAAACUGUGUGGGGCUGUAGGCAGUCACCAACACUACCAAGAUGUAAGUGGUGGAUUCAUCAUUCAUCACUAUGCAGGAAAGGUAUCGUAUGAUGGCGAUGGCUUUUGUGAGCGUAACCGGGAUGUGCUGUUCAACGAUCUAGUGCUCCUCAUGCAGUCUAGCGAGAAUCCUUUCAUCUGCUCCCUGUUCCCGGAGAAUGUGAACCAGCAGACGCGUGGUCGCCCGUCAACCGCCAGUAACAAGAUCAAGACCCAAGCCAACAAGCUGGUUGAGACGUUGAUGAAGUGUACACCACACUAUAUUCGCUGCAUCAAGCCAAACGAGACUAAGAAGGCCAACGACUGGGAAGAGAGCCGGUACGCGAUCGUGACCGUGAGACAUGGGCCGAAGUGGCGCGGGGAGCCGCGUCAAGGCAUCGCACACAUCAUGCAGAGCGUCAGCAUGGACAGUGACCAGUACCAGCUGGGCAAGACCAAGGUCUUCAUCAAGGCCCCAGAGUCGCUGUUCUUGUUAGAGGAGACGCGAGAUCGAAAAUACGAUGGGUACGCUCGCGCUAUUCAGAAAGCUUUCCGGCAGUACAUAGGAAGGAAACACAUGUUCAAGCUCAAGGAGCAAGCUGCUGAUUUGAUGACGAACAAAAAACAUAGGCGGCACCACAGUCUCAAUCGCAAUUUCGUCGGCGACUACAUCGGACUGGAGGACAAGCCUGAACUGCGUGCACUGGUGGGCAAGCGAGAACGCAUCGAGUUUUCCGACACGGUCAUAAAGUACGACAGAAGGUUCAAGCCCGCAAAAGCGGAUCUGCUGGCUGUCCCCGAGUGCAUCUACCUGAUUCGCCUGGCGGGGCCGGCAGUCAUGGUCGAAGAAGGCAAGGAGAAAGGACAGCCAGUUAAGGACCUGGAGUUUGCAGUAAAGAAGCAGGGUUUCGGUGGAGGAGGGGUGCGUCAGAUCAGAUUCAUUCAAGGAGGCAGUGACAAGGCUGAGUUGAAGCCAUCCAGUAAACUGCUCACAGUCAUGAUAGCUGCCGGCUUACCUAAGAAUUCACGUCCCGGCCAGCACACCACCGCCACUCUGCAGGGUCACCGGGGCGGCGGGCGCGGUGGUCGCGGCAGGCCGCAGGCACGGGGAGCGCCCCCCAUACCGAGUAACCCACCCAGUGCGAGAGGGCAGGCCCCUCCGCGGCCCAUGCAACCGGACAUACAGCGGCUCAGUAAAGGUUACCGGCGCAGCUCUAGCUAUGAGAAGACACCAACGCUACCGAGCGCGGGAGCGCAGAAGCUGGCACGGCGGCACGAGGACAAGAUCAACAACAACGCAGAGUUUAUGCGCACGCCCGACGCAGGCAUCGCCGGCAUACAGAGAGCGUGUUCGAGGAAGAAGCCUGCGCCCCCUCCUGGCCGGCCUCGUCCCGUCCCCAAGCCAAAGCCAUCGCUGCCACAAGUCAAGGCUCUGUACGCCUACGAUGCACAAGAUACGGAUGAGCUGAGCUUCAAUUCAAACGAUAUCAUCGAGAUCAUGAAAGAAGAUCCAGCAGGCUGGUGGCUGGCACGGCUGAGAGGCAGAGAAGGCCUCAUUCCCAGCAACUAUGUGGAAAAAAUCUGACCUUCGACUCCCAGCAGCCACUAUCACGUGAUGACCAUCAGAAUGAACGGAAGCACGGAACGGAGUAUGCACGGAAGGCGGCAAUAGAGUCGCAUGCUACCUGUAAUAAUGACCAUAGCAGUCACAAGUCAACUGCUAACCAUGAACUUGUGCAUGCUAGACUCAUGUCCAGAUGCGCAGGGUAAUAUAGGUUUGCCAGUGUAGAGCAAAGUGUGCGAUCGUGACAAGGCGUAAUAUACACUCAAGAGUAGAUAAUAGAGAUCUGUAUUAUUGUAUUAUUGUAUUAUUGUAUGUCUCUAUUAUGUACUCUUGAUAAUGAUACAAUAUUCCAUAUAUUGUGUGCAAUAUGUAACGUCUAAUUUGAAUCAUAGCAUGCUAUUGAUUUGUUUUGCAGCCUUGUUAAUGUGUAGCUCAACGUUGUGUCACCAAAUACGCACACACUUUCAUACAUAAAUGUAGCGGUUAUCAUUUUAGUGCUUAAUAUAAAAUAUAGUUAUAGUAUUACAUAGGUGUAUAUAAUCGAUAUAUAGUACUAGAACGAUGGUAAUCAUCUGUGACCCUGGUGUCACAAUGCCAGAAGCUUUUGCUGUUGGCUUUUAGGCAUUCUUGUCAAAAACUAUCCAGGAAAUGUACAUUCAUAUAAGCUUGCGGCAUUUUUUUCAAAAAUGUUAUCGUUAUUAGUUUUCAUCAUAAGUUAUAUCCUAAAGGGGACCAAACUCAUCAUCUGCAUAGCCACUAUAACUAAUCAUGUUUUGCAUAGCAUGGUAAAAAUUGUCAAUACGCGCGUGGGUUACCGGAAACCUAGAGCGAAAUCAUGCUAUUAAUUUGUGGAAAAUUCUUAUAUUGCCUCUGGUUUUUAUUCAACUCGGACCUCUAUAACAGUUCACCUGAACAUACGUGUAUACUACAGUUCACGUGAACUUACGUGUAGUCAUGAAGAUGCGAACAUAUCAGGCGUGAAUGAAAACACGUUUGUUUUUUAUUUACUCCUGAACGCGUUAAUAUUUGAGUAUAGAUAUGUUCGUGCUAUAUACUGAGCACUCACGUAAUGAUGACGACACUUGGUGCUUAUAUUAUAUUACUUAUAAUUAUCGUUUGCUACGAUAUUGCAUGCGUAAACAAGGGCCCGACCGUGGCAGCUAUAUGUAUUAGCAGGAGUAAAUACAGGUAUACCCCUAUGGUUUUUCCUGGUGUUAUAGUAGAACCUCUAUCAUGCCUUUCUCUCGGGGGAGCUACUUAUAUUCAGGCAUGUGUGGUGAUAUUUUCUGCGUCCUAUCCCGUUGACUCGCAUAUAUGAUGAUCAAUAGUCUGUAAAUGAAAAUAUUAUUUUUGUACGAACAAAAAGGAAAGGAGUAGGCCUAACGUUUUUAUACGGCAACUGAAUUGUAAACGUAUAUGUCAGCUAGCGCAUGAGAUAUAUAUGACAUGGGGAGAGCCGAAGCUAAACUUAUAGUGGUGUAAACAGCACUGGGGAACUUCUACUUCCUUCGCUGACGCCCAGCGAAGAUUAAACACGGUUAAACAAUCAGUUGCUUAACCGCUGGGCUAUUAUUAGGUGUUUUUCGUGAUUAGGCGAUUAGUAGCGGCGACUCUGCUACUAAUUUACUACUACAUGUACUCAUAUAAUUGGUCCGACUUCCACGAUAUUAUUUUACAUACUUUACACCCACGCACUCACGCACGCACCGUAGCCCUCUGUUCGCACGCACGCACUUCCUGCUUUUGAUCCCCUCGCUCUUAAUUUGUCUUCUCGGAAUUGGGUCUCUACGUGCAGAUUAGAGGGCUAUCGUAGAUCGUUUAUAGUUACUGUCUGAUCAGUUUUUUUUACCUGCGGCAGUGACGGUGCGUCACAAUAAUGUUCACCUUGAGCUGUUUGCCAGCGAAAUAAUAUCCUCUACAGAUAUCUGUUAUAACGCCGCCAUCUGUCCUACUUCACUCAGAAGCGCGCACGUGUGAAGAAUGCAACUGUGUUGAAGUAGAAGCUGUCUAUAUGGUCAGCGGCCUUCGAUACUGCUGAAUAAUUUGAAAUAGUUUGCCUAGUAAGCGGCAUCUUGAAUAUAUCAUUGCCAUAUAAUUGUUAUCGAUCUAAUUUAUACCUGUUAUAUAAGAACAUAUUUUCGUUAUGUGGAGAUUGUGCGAACGGUGGUGCCCUUUCACAUUUCGCCUCUGAACUUUUGUUCGGCGAUUUGAACGAAGAUGUGAAUAAAAAAAGAUUAUUACGAAA